UAAUAUUCACGCCCGAUCAGACACGUGGAGGCUGACUACCGUCUGCUGAAAUGUCAGAGCCGAACAACUAAAACUCCUUUUUCCUCCAAAUGUCACUCGAGCGGCUUUAAUGUGCGUGAUGGACGUGAGGACGAGCCGCCCUCCUCCCCCUCUGACGGAGGAGGUGGGUGAAGGUAUCGCCUACAAUCUGCUCAUAAAGCCGCCUCGGAGCGAGAACAAAGCGGCCGGAGCUUCUCCCGCCGUCUCCGCGCUCUUUCAUUUCCUGUGUGGCAGGAAAUUGCCUCAGCCCGCAGCCGAUAGCCGCCGCCGCUUAUCAGGCGUCCAUCUCUCAGGGCUUUAUUGAAGCGCAGGCCGCUUUGUGUGAGCUCCACCUGCUCGGCGGGUGGAGGUGGAGACUCUGCAGACACGACAGCAACCCGCAGCCUGCACAAACGCUUGUUUCAACUAAUUACUAAUUUUAAACCUCAACUCAGCGAGGGAUUAAUUAAGGAAAAAGCCGAAUUCACAGCCCCUGCAGAGGAGAAGCAGCAGUGGAGGGAGGAGCACCAGCAGCAGCUCCUCCUCCCUCUCCUCUGUCAGCAUUUAACCCGGAGGCGGGCCGACGUGGGUCCAGCGCCGGGCGGACGGACGCAGCGUCUCAGAGUGUCAGUGAGAGCGAGGAGCAGCAGAACGCAGCAGGCUGGAGCCCUGGUACUCGUACACCCACUGGUUCCCCAUGGCCUCGCCUCACGUGAUGAAGCCCGGCCCGGAGCAGGUGCCCAGGAUGCAGCCGGCCAUGAUGAUGUUCUCCAGCAAGUACUGGGCCAGGAGGGGGCUGUCGCUGGACUCGGCCAUGUUCGACCACCAGCGGCUACGCCACACGGGCGGGCAGAUGUCCAGACGUCCGUCUUUCUGUCCCAUCAGCGAGUCGCCGGACAAGGACGGCGCUGAGGAUUCUGGGAAGACGGCGGUGGUGUUUUCUCUGAACAACGAGGUGGGCUGUCUGGUCAAAGCUCUCAGACUCUUUCAGGAGAAGCGAGUGAACUUGAACCACAUCGAGUCUCGGGUGUCGAAGCGAGUCGUUAACGAGGUGGAGAUCUUUGCUGACUGCAACUGCAGUAAGAAGGAGUUUAACGAGCUGCUGGAGCACCUCAAAGAUCACGUCAACAUCAUCUCCUUCAACACACCUGCACACGUCUGGGCCGCCGAGGCAGAUGGAGACGAUGUUCCGUGGUUCCCGAUGAAGAUCUCCGAGUUGGAUCAGUGUUCUCACCGAGUGCUGAUGUACGGAUCAGAACUGGACGCAGACCAUCCUGGCUUUAAAGAUGAAGUUUAUCGGCAGAGGAGGAAAUACUUUGUGGAAGUGGCCAUGAAUUACAAAUUCGGGCAGCCCAUCCCUCGCAUCGAGUACACCGCGGACGAGGUCAGGACGUGGGGGGUCGUCUUCAGAGAGCUGACCAAACUGUACCCGACUCACGCCUGCAGAGAACACCUGAAGAACCUGCCGCUGCUCAUCAAACACUGCGGCUACAGAGAGGACAACAUCCCCCAGCUGGAGGACGUCUCGCUGUUCCUCAGAGAGAGGUCUGGUUUCACAGUCCGACCAGUCGCAGGUUAUCUGUCCCCCAGGGACUUCCUGGCUGGUUUGGCCUACAGAGUGUUCAACUGCACUCAGUAUGUCCGUCACAGCACCGACCCGCUCUACACACCUGAGCCGGACACGUGUCACGAGCUGCUGGGUCAUGUGCCUCUGCUGGCCGACCCGAAGUUCGCCCAGUUCUCUCAGGAGAUCGGCUUGGCCUCUCUGGGCGCGUCUGACGAGGACGUUCAGAAACUGGCCACGUGUUACUUCUUCACCAUCGAGUUCGGACUCUGCAAACAGGACGGUCAGCUGCGAGCCUACGGAGCAGGUUUACUGUCGUCCAUCGGAGAGCUGAGGCAUGCCCUGUCAGAUCAGGCCUGUGUGAAGAUGUUUGACCCAAAGACCACCUGCAACCAGGAGUGUCUCAUCACCACCUUCCAGGACGUUUACUUUGUGUCCGAGAGCUUCGAGGAGGCCAAAGAGAAGAUGAGGGACUUCGCCAAGACCAUCAAGAGGCCGUUCUCGGUGUACUACAACCCGUACACUCAGAGCAUCGACCUGCUGAAGGACACCCGCGGCAUCGAGAACGUGGUGCAGGACCUGCGCAGCGACCUCACCACCGUGUGCGACGCUCUGGGCAAGAUGAACACCUACAUGGGCAUCUGAGGCGUCCGCGCUGCGCUCUGAUUGGCUCACAGCGUUUGUAUAUAAGAUUUACUGCAUCUCACCUGAAGGCGUCGCCGCCCAAUGAGUCAGCUCCGAUAAACGCUUCACUCGUGGUUAACAAGAUGAUCAUAUCAAACCCUGAGCUGUUUUAAAUGUUCUGUAAGCCACCAAUCAAAUGCUUUGUUUUACGGGCGAUUUACACCAGAAUGAAUUUAAAAAAUAAAACAGGAAAAGGUUUCACUCGAAAAGAGCACAUUGCUUCAUUCAGAAGCAGAAGCAGUAGAUAAGAUAAGAAAACCUUUGUUUGUCGCACAAAGGAGAAAUUGCUUCGUCUGAACAGCAGGGUACACGAACAGCACUGGAAUAAGAGUUACAGUCAGAAAUAUUUCACAAAAUAAGAAUAAAGAAUAGACAGAAAUAUUAAAAUAAACAUAAAAAUAAAAUAACCUGAUGGAGCCAUUGCAGCUUAUUUUUCACCAAAUCUUAAAUGUUUAAAA